CCAGCCAUUCUUCCAACCACUUUUCUCAAAAGAGAAGAACAUGGAGAAAGAAGAAGAAGCAGCAGCAGUGAUGGAGGAGAUAAUAUAUGUUGCCGUGGGGAGAGAAACUGCCAAGAACAAGUCAAAUCUAACAUGGGCAAUAGAUAACUCCCAAGGGAACAAGAUCUGCAUCGUUCUUGUUCACCAACCUCCUCAUAUGAUUCCUCUUUGUAAAGUCAGUGGGUUUGAUCUUUCUUUUUCUCUUUAUUCCACAGUGGGUACCAGAUUUGAUGCUGCAACGGUAGAUGAAGAGUUAGUGAAAUCAUACAGAGAAAAGCAAAAGGCGAAAACAGAGAAAAUUCUUGAUGAGUACCUCAGAAUUUGCCUGAAGAAAGGGGUCCAUGCAGAGAAGCUGUGCGUUGAUAUGGACUCCAUAGAGAAGGGGAUUGUGAAGAUGAUACAUGAGAAUAAAGUCAGGAAGUUUAUAAUGGGAGCAGCUGCAGACAAACACUAUUCAACGAAAAUGGAGGAACUGAGGUCGAGGAAAGCCAUCUUUGUAUGCCAACACGCAUCUCCUACUUGUUGCAUUCGUUUUAUCUGCAAAGGGCAUCUCAUCCACACAAGGAAAGGUAGAAUGGAUGAAGUGAGAGCUCUCUCAGCUCUAUUAUCCGACUUUCAGCGGCUUGUGUCCUCGCGAAGCAGCUCCAAUUCAGAUAUGCUGAGUGGAAGUUCAAAGGUGAAAAGCGAGGUGGAGGAGGAGGAAGGAACAUCAAGAACCAGCUCUUCUCGGUCUGAUGGUACCUUGUCAUACUCUGGAGGAUCUGAGGCUUCACCAAGUGUAACAGAAGACAAAUCAAACCACUCAUCUCCUCCCUCUUUACCUUGCACGGGGAUGGGACUAGGCAUGAUAAGCAUCCUGAUCCACUCCACCAAACUCUGGCAUAAGCGUGCCAUCCAGAACCACAAGCUGUGUGAGUGACCGUUCCAUUACCUGAAAAGCUACAAAAGAAAAAGAAGAAAAGGAACAUAAAAGCUGCAAAGAUCUUUUAUCACAUCUGUAAAUACUUGUAAUAUUUGUAUAACCCGUUCCUGUGAGGUUAAGCUGCUUUGACUUGCUUUCUUUUCUCAGCUUGUAAGAGGCUUGUGAUGACUUAAACAAACUUCAUAUUAUUAUUCUUUAGUUUAAGAAAAUACAGAAAAUGUAACCAACGAGCUGAUUUUCUCAGCCGUUCUGAAUUAAAAGUGGUAUACAAAGGUUGAUCAUUAAGAAAAAAAGAAGAGCAAAACUGCAUCCUAGGCUCUAGGAUUAAGGAAGAAGAAACAAAACGAAAACAUACUGUGGG